AUGAAGACAGUUUAUUUCGUCCUUAUCGUCUCUUGCUUUUUAGUAGCUCCUGGAACUAAUGCUCAAGAAGUGAUCAAGAAGGCAAUAACCGACUACUUACUUCCUUGUUCAUCGGAAAUCGACUUGGGAAAAAUAAAUAUUCCUGCUUUGCAAAAUGGCGACAUUUCGGGGAUUACUCCAGUUAUAAACUGUGUAGCUGACUGCAUAAGCAAGAGGCUGGACCUAAUCAAUCCCGACGGUGCCUUCCAAAUGGAUAAUUUCAGACAAAGACUCGGACUAUUUAUCCUUCCAGAUGAAAUACAAUCAUUUGUUGAAAGUUGCGAAGGAAAUAUCGGUCAGGGAAAAUGUCAAAUAUCUGGAGAUUUCUACAAGUGCAUUCUCGUUGAUAAAAUUCUAGGCAGAAUUUUCUCAUAAAAAUUCUUAAAGAUAUUUUUGUAAUUACACAAUUUAAAAAUCAGUUCUAAGUUAAUGGUAAAAAACGGAAUUUUUGAAAAAUAAAACAAAAAUGUACAUUAAAAACAGCUAAAAUAUAGGUUGCUCAUAUUCAAUCUACA